CAAUCCUUCUGUCAUUACUCCCUAGCAGUGCCUAGGUACCCAAGGCUGGUUGCCAACCUAGGUAGCCCAUAGAUCGAUCAGGAAGCUAGUGACAUCACAAGCCAGGUGUCUCAGCUCAGCUGGUGCAAAGACAGCGUUGCUGCUUCCGACUCCUUACUCGUAAACAAAUCCAAAUUCUGCUUAUUUCUACCUAGAACAGAGAACACUAUAUUCCAAUCCAAAAGUUGAGAGAAGAGCCCAAGAUGGAUUUCGUCAACAAGUUUACCGGGGGUGGCAACAAGGCCGAGGGACAGAACACCCAGGGCCAGGGGUCCAAUUCCUCAGGCGGUGGCUUCAUGGACAAGAUCAACAGCGUAGCUGGCGGUGGACGCGAGAGCGAGAAGAACGAGGAUAUGCUCGACAAAGGCGUCGAUUGGGCCCAGGAGCACAUUUUGGGCCAGGGUCCUCAGGAUAAUGAGAGUGCCGUCGAGCAGGCCAAGGACGAGCAAAUCUCGGACUACAUCCGAGAUAUAGUCAACCUAUCCACCAAGCUGUGACCAAAACAGAUGCUGUUCCUUGCAGAAUUGAAUCAAGUCUUGCUCUUGGGGCUGUCAAUCCGAACGAUCCCAGACUUUUCACAGAGCAUUUAAGAAAGAUGCGAAGUGAAAUCCAUACCUUGAGACCACAAGACCAUGGAAGUCAUCAGAAAAGACUGCCGGUUAUUAAACUAAUCUGUUCAUGCUGCCCGGACAACUUUAUUUCAAUCCCGAUUGCAAAACUACUUAUCUCUAGAACACUCAACAAAAAAGCUAAUGCAAUACUAUGAUUAACGUUGUUUCGCCUGCUUUAGAGAAACUUAACGAUUAUGCACUCUGGAUUCAUCUCUUUGUUGUUGAUGAUUGAAGGUAUGUGCCUCUGUGUCAAAGGUUGAACGAAUAUUUCUCGCAUGAUCAGAAGGAAAGGGGGGGUCCAGUAGGAACGAGGGAGCGUAAUUAGUUUCAUUUCAACCCUCUCCCUGUUUAAUCGC